AUGGCAGGCGACUGUGGAACGACCUGUCCGGCCUCUGAUGGCUUCUACUCAUACAAUCCCAGUGUAGGGGGCAAUGCUGUGUUGCUUGUUGUCUUUGCUCUCCUUGCUCUCGCCGCCAUCUAUUUUGGUAUCCGCUCUAGGACCUACCUCUUCUCCCUCGCACUCACCACAGGACUUUUUCUCGAAGUACUAGGAUUUGUUGGCCGUAUUCUGCUUCACUCGAAGCGAGAUAGCCAAAGCCACUUCUUCCUCUUUUUAUUCGGAACAGUCUUGGGGCCAUCGUUGAUUAGUGUUGCCAUCUUCAUAAUCCUUCCUCACAUUCUUGGCAUUUAUGGAGAGCCACUUUGUCCUUUUAGGCCACUUGUAGCUGGCCUCGUUUUUUGGGGACUCGCUGCAGUCACUGUGCUAUUCGAGCUUAUCGGCAUCGUCUUUACGGCAUAUGAAUCUAAUGGAGUCACACGGAAACAAGGAGCAGCGAUCACAGCUACAGGUUUGGCCAUUCAAGCCCUGUCAUUGAUAGCAUGCACUGGGCUACACUUCUGGUUCACCCUCAGCUUGAGCACUCGUCGAGGAACCCUUGACGCCCGGCACUCACAGGUCUACUCCUCCUCUCGAUUUAAGAAGUUCCUCCUAGCAAUGGAGAUGGCAUCUGCUCUCUUGAUUGUCUACUCCUUCUAUCGGCUAGUCGAAUUUGCGGAUGGUGUUUCGGGGGAUGUCUUCCAGAACGAGGCUGCUUUCAUGGUUGUUGGAGGACUUCUCCCCUUCUUAGCCGCAGCACUCUUGACAGCCAUCCACCCAGGCAAUGCCUUUGCUGAUGCCUGGGCCCCUACAUCACCUCGCGGGAUCAAACGUCAAAGUCGACCAACACCUGUACAAUCUCCCACCCCUAGUGGUCAUCCCGUCCACCAUUUAUAUGACCCCGACAUUCGCAAGCAGAUCUCGCCGACGUCACCAAAACACCGGAACUCAGCUGGACCACCUGAGCUUCCACAGGGAUCCAUGGGUCUGCCUGCGCAUCCGAAGCCGGUGCCAAGACCCCCGAGUCCUCGGGAUCCCAAUGCCCCGCGCAAGGGGCCACCUGCACCGCUGAAUCUGGCGGCCGUGCGUGCAUCACGAAAUAGUUGCAGGGCAGAACAGAGAGGUCAUGCACCAAAGGAUAUGGUUCCCGAUGGAGAGCUGUGGUAA